AUGUUUCGCUCAAGACUACUCGGACUCACAAAGACUUUUGCCAGGUCGAUGGCUACUGAGACUAAGGCCCCAAACUUGAAAACCUUCAAGAUCUACCGCUGGUCUCCGGACACCCCAGAUGAACAGCCCAAGAUGGUGGAAUACAAGGUGGAUCUCGACAACUGUGGUCCUAUGGUUUUGGAUGCCAUUUUAAAGAUUAAGAACGAACAAGACUCGAGUCUUACGUUCAGAAGAUCUUGUCGUGAAGGUAUCUGUGGUUCUUGUGCCAUGAACAUUGGUGGAAAGAACACGCUAGCCUGUUUGUGCAAGAUCGACAAGGACACAUCGUCCGAGACCAAGAUCUAUCCGCUGCCACACAUGUAUGUUGUGCGUGAUUUAGUGCCAGACCUUACGCAUUUCUACAAGCAAUACAAGUCCAUCCAGCCAUACUUGCAAAGAGACACUGUCCCUGAGGAUGGAAAGGAGAAUUUGCAAUCGAUAGAGGACCGUAAGAAGCUUGACGGUUUGUACGAGUGCAUCUUGUGUGCGUGUUGUUCGACGUCGUGUCCUUCGUACUGGUGGAACCAGCAGGAGUAUCUCGGCCCUGCCGUGCUGAUGCAGGCAUACAGAUGGCUGAUCGACUCCAGAGAUCAGGCCUCAAGCACAAGAAAGGAGAUGCUGGAGAACUCGAUGUCGCUGUACAGAUGCCACACCAUCAUGAACUGUUCCAACACAUGUCCCAAGGGCUUGAACCCAGGUAGGGCCAUUGCUGAGAUCAAGAAGUCGAUGUCGUUUGCAUAG